AGAAGAAUGGAUUCGUUGGCAUUCAACCAAUUUGCAGUGCUUCUCUGGAAAAAUGUUACCUUAAAGAGGAGGCAGUUUGUUAAUUUAGUAUUGGAAAUUUCCCUAGUGUUGCUGUUUGGAAUGAUGCUUUUGAUAUCCCGUGCAGUUUUUAAAUUAAAGGGUUCUGGACCUUACAAUUACACUUCUCAAUCCAUCAGUACUCUGCCUUCUUUCCUCGAAAAUCCAGAUGUGUGGGAAUUGAUUUACGUGCCUUCUGAUGUUGCCGUAGUAAAAGAGAUAAGUGAGAACGUGAAGAGGAAUCUAAACACCAGUAUAAAAGUUCGAGGCUUUUCUUCAGAAACUGAUUUUGAGAACUAUGUUAAGUAUGACGACAGCUCUGACAAAGUACUGGCUGCCAUUGUUUUUGAAGACUUCAAAAACAGCGGUGACCCCCUGCCACUUCAGGUAAAAUAUCAUCUGCGUUUUAGUAGGAUACAGAGGACCGUCAAGUGGCCAGACGUAGUAGGCUGGCAAACAACCUUACUCUUUGCCAAUCGUCCCAGUUUAGGAUACAGGAACCCUAAGCAGUCUGAUGGAGGAAGUCCUGGGUACAUCAGAGAAGGAUUCCUGGCUGUACAGCAUGCCUUGGAUAAAGCCAUUAUGCUGUAUCAUGAGAGCAUUGCUGGACAAAAGGUGUUUGAGAAUAUCAGCAUUUUUGUACAGCGAUUUCCACACCCAGCUUCUUCUUUUGAUGGAUUACUUUGGAUCUCCAGUCCUUUAUUGCCUCUUAUGUUCAUACUCAUGUUCUCUCCAAGCAUACUUUCCAUCCUGAGAUUGAUAGUGUGGGAAAAGGAAAAUGGAUUGAAGGAGUACCAGCUCAUCAUUGGACUCAGAAACUGGAUUAUCUGGGCUGCCUAUUUUUUCACAUUCUUACUUUCACAUAUUGUUAUUAUCUCUUUGAUAUGCGUGUUAUUCUUUACCAAGGCAAGUGUUAUAGAUAAACCAGUCUUCUACUACAGUGACUAUAGUUCCAUCUUUGUCUUUUUUAUGUGUUAUGCCAUUGCUUCAAUAUUGUUUGGCUUUAUGGUUAGCACCUUCUUCAGUAAAGCUAAUUUGGCUGCUUCUCUUGGAAGCUUCCUGUUUUUUGCUGCUUUCUUGCCAUUUAACUUCAUUAUUGAAAUCUAUGGAGAGAUAACUCUUGCCAAGAAGAUAGCUUCCUGUCUUAGCUUAAAUGUUGCAUUGGCACUAGGGAUUAAUCUUCUGCUCAAAUUGGAAAUGAAAGAGAUUGGUGUUAAAUGGGAUAACCUUUGGACACAAGCUGUUCCUGACGAUAACCUUGUCUUUGGCUAUAUGUUGGGAAUGCUGCUAUUUGAUGCUUUCUUGUAUGGCCUUGUGACCUGGUAUAUAGAAACUGUCUUUCCAGGGCCGUAUGGUAUGCCCCAACCAUGGUACUUUUUCCUUAUGCGCUCUUACUGGUUUGGGAGUCCAGGAAUUGGACAAGAAAGGAAAGAAAGAACAAGAUGUGAGACAACUGAAGACAAUUAUUUUGAGGCUGAACCUACUGAUCUGGUGGCAGGUAUCCAAGUGAAACAUUUGUACAAGGAAUACAGAGACAAAGUAGCUGUAAACGACUUAUCUUGGAAUUUAUAUCAGGGGCAAAUCACUGUUCUUCUAGGACAUAAUGGGGCAGGAAAGACCACAGCUUUGUCCAUUCUCACAGGUCUUUAUCCUCCUACCAGAGGAAAGGCUUAUAUUAAUGGAUUUGACAUCUCAAAGAACAUGGCUCAGAUUCGAAAAAGUUUGGGCUUCUGCCCACAGCAUGACUUGUUGUUUAAUGACUUGACACUAUCAGAACACCUUUUUUUCUACUGUGUGGUAAAAGGAGUACCUCGAAAGAUGCAUCCUAUGGAAAUUGACCAUUUCGUGUCUGCUUUUAACCUGCUAGAAAAAUAUGAUGAAUUUUCACAGUCACUGAGUGAAGGAAUGAAGCGCAAACUCUCCAUCAUUAUAGCACUUAUAGGAGGCUCCAAGGUAGUGAUACUUGAUGAACCAUCAUCUGGCAUGGAUCCAGUCUCAAGGAGGGUGACCUGGGAUCUCCUUCAGAAGUAUAAACAGAGUCGUACCAUCUUACUGUCCACUCACUGUAUGGAUGAAGCUGACGUCCUGGGUGACCGCAUUGCCGUCAUGGUCAGGGGGACCCUGCAGUGCUGUGGCUCUUCAGCCUUCCUGAAGCAAAGAUAUGGUGCUGGAUACCACAUAGUCAUGGAGAAGAAACCUCAUUGUGAUGUUGAAGGAAUCACUGCACUGAUUGAUUCUCAUAUUCCAGAUGCCAGUCUAGAUAACAAUACUGUAACUACAUUAUCAUUUUUUCUACACAAAGAGCAUACACAAAGGUUUGUAGCUCUGUGUAAUGAUCUGGAAGAAAAACAGGAAGAACUGGGCAUUGCCAGAUAUGGUGCUUCAAUCACUACCAUGGAAGAAGUUUUCCUUAAGGUCAAUAAGCUGGCAGAUUCCCAAAUGGAUGGUCAAGCUCUCCAGUCCCCUUCCUUGAAGGACCAAAACAAAAGACACGACAAGGACAAAAAUGUGGAUGUACCCAGUAAUUACAAGAGAUCAACUUCAGCUGCUCCGAAUGAAUUUGCUACCAUUAAAUUCAAUACUGGGUUUCCACUUUAUUGCCAGCAAUUUCAUUCCAUGUUGGUAAAGAGGGCGCUAUUCAGUUGGCGCAACUGGAGGUUGAUGUUGAUACAAAUAUUGGUAAUUGUCUUUGUCACAGCCUAUCUCUCAAAAAAUUUGAAAAAAGAUAAGAAGGUAUCUUCCAGAGAAAUAGAUUUGGGUCAUUAUGGUCGAACCAUCGUGCCUUACUCAAUUUCAGGGAAUUCUUCUUUGGCUCUGAAUAUCAUAAAGAACCUUGAGAUUUUUCUAAAGUCAAAGAAUCAAGAACUUCGGGAAGUUCAAGGUAAUGUUACAAAUUAUAUAUUGAAAAGUAAAGAGUGUCGUAAUUUCUGCAUGAUUGCAUUUUCCAUUACGAUUGAGCAAGACAAAACAGCUGUUACUAUUUUGUUCAAUAAUGAGGCAUACCAUUCAGCUCCAACAUCUCUGGCGGUGUUAGACAACAUUCUUUUUAUGUCACUUUCUGGCCCCAAUGCUUCCAUUACAAUCACCAACAAGCCUCAACCUUUCCCUCUUUAUAAUAUUAAUAUAGUGCCUACAAGUGGAAUGCAAGUAGCAUUAAGCUUGUCUUUUGGCAUGGCUGUUCUGGCCAGUAGCUUUUGUCUUCAGACAAUGACUGAGAAAAUCACUAAGGUAAAGCAAAUCCAAUUUGUGAGUGGAGUCUAUAUUCUUACGUACUGGCUCUCUGCUUUGUUGUGGGAUCUUAUCUGCUACUCCAUUCCCUGCUGCUUAAUACUGGGAGUGUUCAGAUUCCUCCGAGUGGAUGCACUUGUCAUGGAUUACCACUUUCUGGACACAAUGAUGAUAUUUAUGCUAUAUGGCUGGUCUGUUGUUCCUCUCAUAUACCUUGGGAGCUUCGUGUUUUCUAGUAGUACUGUUGCCUACGUCAAGCUCACUCUUUUUAACUACUUGACAUCUCUUAUCGGUGUCCUCAUUCACACUGUACUACUACACUAUGCACGUGACCUGCCUAUCUCCACCAAAACCACCAUAUUUAAUUUCUUAAUGAUGUUUCCUAGUUACAACUUUGCCAUAUGUAUCAGUAAAUUCUUUGAUAACUAUGAGGUGAAAAAACAAUGUUCCAGGAAAUUCCAAGUUGGCUUCCUGGACUGCAAGAAAGCACUUAGUAAGAACAGUAUCUAUACUUUUGAAGAAGAUGGGAUUGCAAAAUUUUUGAUUACAUUGGCUGCCAUGGGCUUAUUUUAUCUCCUCUUGAUUUUAUUUCUGGACUCUUCAUUCUGGAAACUGAAAGUCCUUAUCUUUAAUAAAAUUAUUCCUAAUGUCUCCAAGAUAUUCAAGAAAUCCAACAAGGCUGUAGUGUCUGGCCGAGUAAUCGAGGAAUCUGAGGAUGAAGAUAUAAGAAAUGAAAGGAAGAAAGUUCUGGCACUAUCUCAGCCUAAGUUGCAGAAUACUGCACUGAUUCUUAAAAAACUUACAAAGAUUUAUUUUAAGUGUCCGGUCAUAAAGGCUGUGAGAAAUAUUUCCCUUGUAGUCGAAAAGUUCGAGUGCUUUGGAUUACUUGGAUUAAAUGGAGCUGGAAAAACUACUAUCUUCAAAAUGUUGAUUGGAGAAGAGUCCAUAACCUCUGGAGUUGCGUUAAUUGAUGGCAUUAACAUCACGGGAAAUGCCAGACAGAUUAGGUCAAGAAUUAGCUAUUGUCCUCAAUCUGAUGCCAUGCUGAACUACAUGACGGGUCGGGAAUUGCUAAGUAUGUACGCCAGGCUGUGGGGGGUCCCUGAGCCAGACAUUUAUGAGUAUGUGGAAGCCUUUUUGCAUUCAAUGCACCUGGAAACCCAUGCUGACAAGCUUAUCUACACAUACAGUGGAGGAUACAAACGUAGACUGAGUACUGCUGUUGCACUAAUGGGAAGGCCCUCAGUUAUCUUCCUGGAUCAACCAUCUACUGGCAUGGACCCAGUAGCCCAGAACCUGAUCAGGGACACAGUUACACAGAUCUGUAAAACUGGCAAAGCUAUCAUAAUAAGUUCUCACAGCGUGGAGGAAUGCGAGGCCCUCUGUACCAGGCUGGCCAUCAUGGUAAAAGGGAGGUUCACAUGCCUAGGCAGCCCUCAGCACCUCAAGAACAAGUUUUGUAAUGUAUAUGCCUUAAAAGCCAAGGUUAAUAUGGACACGGAAAAAAAUAAACUAAAGGAGUUCAAAGAAUUUAUUGCAAGAACUUUCCCAGGUAACAUCAUAAACCAGGAACAUCAAGGGAUUAUUCACUACUACAUUCCCAAAAAGGACAUUUGCUGGGGAAAGGUGUUUAGUAUUUUGGAGGAUGCUAAAUUGCUAUUCAAUUUAGAAGACUAUUCAGUCAGUCAGAUAACAUUGGAACAAAUCUUCCUCACCUUUGCUAACAUCGAUAAAAUGGAAGAAGACCACGAAAUAAAGCUGCUAUGA